UUGUGGCAACUAUAAGUUAUUAAAAACAAAACCCAGGAAAACUUGCUAGACAUGUGAUGCGAGUAUGACUGUAUUAAACCACAGAAGCACUCUGUCUUCAAUUAAAUUUUAUUGAGUUUAUUCUUUGGGAAAAUUGGCUUAAAAAAUAAGAAAAGUCUUCACUGGUGUCUGACAAACACAAAAUCAGUCAGGAUGGUAACCUACCAACACUGGUGGCAUGCUGUAUAACCACUGAAGGUGCUACAAAAAAAAGCAGAAGCCCCACAGAUGAGCGAUUAGCAAGCGUUUUUACAAAAGAAGCAAAUCAUAGAGAUGAUAAACCCUUUGCCCAGUUUGACAUUUCUGACCAUAAAGCCCGUCUUUCAAGGGCAACUGCCAGUCCCCGGCGGUCAUCAGUGCCCUACCCGCAGACAGGGGUGAUAAAAAGGACUUUCAUGCUUCAAGAGACCUGCGAGCAUCAGAAAUCUGAGAGCUAACUGUCACAGGUUACUGGAAAUGGUCAUAAGCCAUAAGAGUUCCUGAGUGAUCCAGAGAAAAAGGCAGGUUCUUCCAAAGGUUCACCUAUGAAUUUGAAUUUGAAUUCCUGAGGUAGGGGCAAACGCACACCAAUGUACAGGAAAAGAGUGAACUUGAUUUAUAACAUCUGGGGGAGAAAAUGAACUAUGGAUGCUUCGUUGUUCUGAACAGAUUGUUAUGAAGGGUUAGAAUUUUCCCACAGACUGCAGUAAAAUGUACCGUUAACCAUGUGUCAUCCCAGUGUCCUUUGAAGAAAAGAGGCAAAAUGUGGUCUGAUAAAUGAUUUUGGACAGUAAGCAUGUGGCUCGUGCUGUUCAUCUCUCAGGUGAGCAAACUGGACUGAAUGGAAGCAGAGCAAACUUUCACUUAAACAGUGAAGUGGACUUUAUCUGCAUAAACAGCACAGCGGUAAUGCUGAAAGUACAGGAAUUAGACAAAUCCUAAACUCUGCAAACUGGGAGCUUUCAAGCUUUGCCUCUUUAAUUUGUGUCCCAGCAUGCCUCGCUGUUCAGCUUUCUUUCUAGCUGCAGCGGCCCUGCCGAACUCCCUCUGAUCCAGACAGACAGCCCGUCAGACUAAUCUGCGGCUGAGACCUCCGCCUGUCGAACUGGAUUUAGCUCUAAUGCACGUGCAGGUCAUUUGUAGUAGAAGUGUUGCCCUUUACUCUGCAGCCACUGAAGCUUCAUUGAAAAAUGGCACACUGAUGCAGAUGAGACUUGGAUGGCCUUAUCGUCCUUUGGAUGAGGACUCCUGUCAGUCAGACCAGUGGAGAUGGAGUAGAUGUGGAGCCCCAGAAGUCAUUCAUGGCAAAGUUAAUGGAAGUGCACAUAAAGUCUUUUUAAAACUUGUAUUUAAAUAAAAUUGUGUUACUAUAUUGCUGCUUUGUUUUAUAUUUUUAAAAUCUCUGUAACCCACUUGCUGUCUCACCAGCUCCUUGAUUAGUGCUUAAUUAUUCACUGUCAUAACAUCAGCCGAUCUUAUUCUGCAAAGCUUUUCCAACUGACUAAACCAGAUUUAGCGGAUGUACUGGUUCAAGCCAGGUUUUGAUCAUGUGGAUUGUCAUUACCGCCUAACACACACAGGCGCACACACACACACAGGCAUGCACGGACACACACUUUUUCUCUGUCGCUCUCUCACCUAAAAUAAACCUUGGAGUGAGACUCUGAGUCACUGUGGAUUAGAUGUGCAUGCUGAUCACACACAGCAUUUCAACGUCCCAGUCAUUGUUUUUUCUUUUUUUUCCUGUGAGGCAUGAAAAUGUAAAAUCUUUGUUAUUUUUGAGUUACUGCACUUUUUAUUUUGGCAAUGUCUGUUAUGCUGACACGGUGGACUCAGGCUGACACAGUCCUGAUAUUAAAGUUGCUGCUCAGUGCGUUUCUGGCCAUGGGAAUUAGAUUAGAGAGAACAGAGGUCACUUUGUGUGGCUCCAACACGGAGCUCAUUCACAGGAUUUUGCCUUCUUGAAAGUUCCACAUGGUUUCCACAAGCACUCAUUAGGUUCAUGGUGGGUUUUCCUUUUUUUCCCCCUGCCAUACUGUUGUCCAAGACCACUGCACACAUUUACUUAUGCACAUUCAUCCCACAGCUCCUCAGACAUUUUUUCCAGUUUUACUGCAGGAUGUUUACUGAGAUUUUGGCUCACUGACUAAGGAGAAUGUCUACGAGAACAACCGCCUGGCGUUUGAAGUGGCCGAGACUGAACUGGGGAUUCCAGCCCUGUUGGACCCAGAAGACAUGGUGUCUAUGAAAGUGCCUGACCGGCUUAGCAUCAUCACAUACGUGUCGCAGUAUUACAACUUCUUCAACAACAAGUCUCAGGCAAACCCUCCUUGUAUGAAGAGGCUCAGUACUGCUGGUCUCAAUGAGCCAGCCCAGAAAAGGCCUCCAACUCCUCUGGAAGAUAAGACUGAGUCCGUGCAGACAGGCAUCGAAGCGGUUGCGGCAGUCAAGCGGAGCACUCUCAGCAGCACCUGCGCCGCCUGCCAGAAACACGUCCACCUGGUGCAGAGGUUUUUGGUGGACGGCAAGCUCUACCAUCGCAACUGUUUCAAGUGCACUGAGUGUCACAGCACACUGCUUCCUGGAUCUUACAAAUUAGGAAGCGACUCUGGGGCACUUGUCUGUGCACAUCACCUUAAUAGGAAUGCUUUAUCCAACCAGAAUGGCCAGCCCAAUCUUAGUAAGAGACCAGCGUCGGGACAGUCUGCUAGGACCGGUCGCAGCACAGUUCCUCACACGGCGCCCUCUGAUGGCAGCCAGGCAAAGACUCCAGUACAGGAAACGAACGAUACUGACGUUCCGGCCAAUGACUCGGUCACGGUCGCUCCUGUUACAAUAAGCAAAGACGGUUUAGAAAAAACAAAUGAAGACGGUACCAGUGAAGCAGAGGAGAAACCAUGCUCUGCCACACCUCCCAACCCUUUCGAUGAGAGUGACAAUGAAGAGGAGGAGGGAGAGAAAGAAGAAGAAGAAACUCAAACAUCAGCCAAACACACAGCGAAUGGAGACCUCCCUUCUACACCUCAUGUUGAAGUUACCGGUCGGCCGGUGCCUGCGCCCCGCCGGGUUUCUGAUCCCACCCCUCCACCUCGCCCUGUGCCACGGGCUCGACUCUCCCGCACAGCAGACAGUCCUGCAGUCGGUGAAACUCAGAAGCUUCCACUUCCUCCCAAACCCCGAGGAAGGUCACAGUCUCCUGCAAGUGGCACCCAUAAACCCAAAGACCCACCUUGGCUCGCGCUGGUUCAGUCAGAACCCAAGAAGAAGAAAGCACCAGCCCCUCCCCCUGCUGGACUGGCAACACCUCCAAACACAGGCUCUUUGUCCUCUCUCAAAGGGGAGGGCUCCAGACCCAGCACGCCCCCCCAGCCCUCCAACCCGUUCGAGGAUGAUGACGACGAAAAUAACGAGGGAAAUGGGGAAGAAGGGAGUGAGGGAGGAGCACCUCCACCUACGGUGGUGUCUAGUCACCCAUGGUACAGCAUCACUCAGGCAGCAGACACAGUGGGUGCAGACACUCCCACUAAUAAACGAAGCUCAUCCCGCUCUGUCAGUCCUGCAAGCACCAAGAGCAAGAAACGGCCUGCACCUCGUGCUCCUCGGCCACCCACCGGUAACCAAGUUCUCUCUCAUUCUCAGUCCUCCUCUUGCUCCCCCUCUCCAGCUCUCAGUACAGAGAGUUUGUCUUCAGGCUCAGACUACAGCUCCUCUCAGCUCCCUUUGGCUGGCAGUGGCAGCAGCGACCAGGAACACAACUUCACCAAAAGCAUUUCCGAGCCUUCCAUCUGCUCACCGAACGACUCCAAGCCUUCCCCUUCUUCCUCCUCGACUGAGCAUCUCCGUCAGCCUUCUCCAAGCCCCGCCCCUUCUCCAGUACCAGCAAAUGCCAGCUCAGCUCCAGCCACUCCACAGACCAGUCGCAACCCAGUGACCAAGGCUCCUCGACCUCCACCACCACGACCCAGCAACCCCAGCCCACUGGCCUCAGAGGCCACCCAGUCACAAAACAAGCGGAUAUGUAAAGAGAACCCCUUCAACCGAAAAGCUUCGCCCUCUCCUGCUAAUUCUAAAACCAGACCACCAAAAGGCCCCCGUCCUGCUAGACCCCCGGCUCCCGGUCAUGGCUUCCCACUUAUUAAACGCAAGGUGCAGUCAGAUCAAUACAUCCCAGUUGAGGACAUCCAUGGGGAGAUGAGUCAGCUGGAGAAGCAGCUGGAUGAGCUGGAGCAGAGGGGAGUGGAGCUGGAGAAGAAGCUCAGAGACAAUCCAAACGAUGAAGAUGAGGAGCACUUGUUGGUGGACUGGUUCACCCUAAUUCAUGAUAAACACCUUCUUGUCCGACGGGAAGCUGAGCUGGUCUACACGGCGAAGCAGCAGAACCUGGAGGAGAGGCAGGCUGAUGUGGAGUACGAGUUGAGGUGUCUUCUCAACAAACCAGAGAAAGACUGGACCGAGGAUGACAAGAGUCGGGAGCAGGAGCUGAUGGCUGAGCUGGUUACCAUCAUUGAACAGCGCAACCAAAUAGUCAACAGCAUGGACGAGGACAGGCAGAGGGAAGAAGAGGAGGACAAACUUAUGGAAGAGAUGCUGAAGAAAAAAGACUUUCAGAAGGAUCCAGACAGCGAUCACCAGAAGAAAAAAGGGGCAAAGUUUAAACCCAUCAAGGUGCUCAAGCGUCUGAGCCAUAAAGGAGAACCGGGAAAGAGUCCCAGCCCGCGUAAGGAGAAGAGCUGAACAGCAGAGGACACGUCUAGUUCAAGAGGAUAUUUAAAGGACUCCUAUUUUAAGAAGACUAAAGAAUUUUGAAAGAAGAUUAUGACAUCUCCUCAAACAGUUUUUAGGCACUUCACAAGUCACCCAGACUCAUUCAGUGACUAUUUUCAGUUGCCUUUUAGUGUCUGACAGCAAGUGCUUUAAAAAGUUUAGGCUCUGAAUAUUCAAACUAGUGACAUGUUGGGUGGGUUUCUGUAUUACUGCACUGAUUACUUUUUGCUUUAACAUCCCUGCAUUGCACAGUGACUCUGCUCUAUAGGCCUUCAGCAAAGAUGUGAUUUGUCAGCUUACGUUGAUCCCUGAUAUCCUUGAGUUUAAUGUUUUUAGUUUUACUUACACCCUCUUGAGUAGUGGUCUCCUUUGCUCCUUCAAAGGUGCACGUAUGGAUAUUUGAAGUUUUAUGUCAUGUUUGGGUUGAGCCCGUGGUACUAGUAGCAAUAAGUUUGUCUUUUUUGUUGUUGUUUUUUUCCAGAUGAAACUUGCUUGAAACUGCAGCAUCUACUCUUGAAAAGCUCAAAGACUUCUAGCUGCUAUAUAUACAUAUAUAUUUUAUUUGUGUAUGUGUGUGUGUAUUUUAGUUUCUUCAGUAGUAGUUUUACAAUUGUGUUGGUGCUUGUCAUCAAAGCAUUACACAAACAUAGAUAUAGUAUUUAUAAGUGGGUUAGACUGGAGGAGAAAAUUAGCCGAGUAACGAACUGCAGAAAAAAACCAAACUGCCGGUUAGUUUUAAACGGGACUUAUUCAUUUUCCAAGGAAAACCAGGAUAGGUGUCCUUUUACUAUGGAAGGUAACAGAUGCAAUAUUGAAUUUCAGAAAAAGAAAAUGUACAGUAUUUUAUCAACUGUAGCAAAAGCCCAGUUUUUAACGGUUUUAACUAUCGAAGGAUGGACCUGAGGUAUGCAAUCAUUAAUUUAUAUUUUACUAUGCCUUUUUGUGCGUGUGUGUUUUGCCUUAAAGUAGUUUAUAUCGAGUGCCAUUUAUUUUAUUGCAUACAUCGUUAGUUCGAGCUAAUGUAAACGUGUUUACUCAUUCUGUUCGUGUUUUCGUCUCUUAGAUUAUGUAUUUGUCUUGUGUGGCUGUGUCUGUUGUCUGUUUCUGCUCUGUGCCUAACUUCCUGUCCAGCUGAAACAAAGGGCUUCUGUGCCACCACAUUUUUGUCAUCUUGUACAUUGUCCUAAAACAGCAGCAGGAUUGUGUGAAAUACUGACACUGGGAGGCAGAGGAAUAAAAGAAAUUCACACA